CUUUUGGGCAAUCGUUCGCCUGGCAAUUCUGUUUCUAAUUCUCCCUCCUCUUCCUUUUCUCAUCCUGCCCACACGCACAACCACAACAACCACAAUAAUCACCACCACACCGACGAGAAGCAGCACACCACACUGGCGACAACAGAACAACCGCCACCACCGCGCCACCACCAAAGCCUGGAUUCUUUUUCCAGUCGCCCGCAGUGCUUGGACAACCAUCCUCGGUAUCCCUCUGCACCACUCGCGAUCCGAAAGGAUGACGAUAGCAGGGCUGCCCUCGACAGUUUCACUAGCAACAUUACCGGCGGCAGCAAAGGCAGCGACAAGGGAAAACCUCACAGCGGGGCCCACCUUGGUGCCUACACAAACCACAACAUUAUGGUCGCACAACACCGGCAGAGGCAGUUGGGUCUAGUUGACAGCCCCCAACGUCCCGAACCCCCCGUGUUCAACAAGUUCGUUACCGCAGCCGCAACACCCACCAUGUCCCCGGCCGUGAUGCCGUCGGCCACACUACUCAGCUCCAGCUCGAGCACAGUCACCAGCUUACACAGGCCCAUGACUCCCACGAGCCCGGUCCGCAUCCCCGCCUCCAAGAACCAGCGCGGCGAGAAGCGCUACCACGAUGCCCACAAAAACCAUCACCAUGGUCGAGGCAGAAAGACGCCUGCGCAGAAACGCCCAGGCCACAACCCCGAUGCAAUCUCGCCCUCGGUGGCGGCUUUGCUCGCAAUCACCAACAUACCCCGUUCAAGGGCCACUAGGGUCCAGGCCCUGGCCGGUAGGGCGACGGGUCAGUCGCGCGAGGAGAGCAUGACUGUCGACGCCAUCAUUCAGCGUGUGCAGCGGAAUGAGAAGGAGAUCAGCUUGACCCUGUCGAAGAGUCCCAUGGAUCUCCUACUCAGCUCUCCCGAUGACGGCAUGGACGACAGUGACUGCCUGUCAUUUUCUGACGAUUUUGACGACAACGCGUCGCUGGUAAGCAGCACGCCGAGCCGCGUCAACAUUUCGGCGCGCACCGUUUCGGACGAUUCGGUGUCGUCCCUCGACGAGUCUUUUACCAGUGGAAGUGCUCUCUCCCCCGUUGUGUCUCCUGGGACACCUGGUACCCCAUUUACGAACUACACUCCUUCAACUUUCGGGAGCUCCUAUCGUCGCAAGAGCCCGCGCGUGCCUCUGCGACGCCGACCGGAGCCUUUGUCUUCCCCUCUGGGAAAUGCCGCGUGUGACCCAUUGGCCUCUCCAUCGCCAACUAUGGCAUCAGUCGACCAACUUGAUUUCCGUGUCUUUGGCGAAGAACAGCAGUCUGGCUCUGAGGAUGAUAAAAAGUCCGACUCUAGUUUCAGGCCGCUCAAGUCAGCCUUUAAAAGCAACCUGACUGCCUCGCUGAGGGCCCUGCGCAAUGCGGCCCGCUCAAUCUCCAACCUGGGUAUCGCUUCGAUACCCCCAGAGGACUUCCUCACGCGGUCCAUUUUGACCAUCGAUCCCCGCGUGCCGUUCACUGACGAGCGGAGGCCCCCUCCCUUGGAGGAAGAGCCCAGUGCGGCUCUUCGUCGUUAUCUUAACCCGACCACUACUGCCCGCAUGGAACUACGCCCCGCAGAGCCGGACUCAUCUACGUCUCCGACCCGGCCCAACUUUACAGCUUCUAUCCAGAUGCAAACGUACAAGGUCCGCCGCUCACGAUCUGGAUCACACCAUGGCACGUCUCCGUCGUCGCCCCGUGGUAUCCCCAGUCCGAGUCCCCAAAAGUCCACAACUGGCGAGGCGGGCCCGCAGUCUCCGGAGUCGGUCCCGGACGCCACGUCACCUCUGGCACUGCCUGGUCGACAGCGUGAAAUGCGUGAAAACUCUGACUUCAUCCGCAUCGCAGUUAUGGAGAUGGCAAUGCGGAAACGUGGCAAGCUGAGCGACCAGCGACCAGGCCGAGCCCGUUGGGCACUACCACCCCGAAAGACAAGCAGCAAGGAAUACGAGAUAGGGCCCGAUGGCGUUCCUGCUCGCUGGGUACCUGUUUUUGCUACGUCCUGAUCGGAUAUUUGAUUUCAUUUGUACCCGGGCAUAUCAUGCAUGAUUUAUGAAAGGCGUCUAGGUGGUCUGCAUAUUUGCGAUGGAGAUUUGGAGCCUUUUUUUUUCUGUUUUUGUUUUUCAUCUUUUUGUUCUUUGCAUUGGGUUGGCGAACUAUAUUACAUCUCGCGUCAUUAUCACAUCACUGUGGUGACUUGGCUUUAUCUUGACUCUUUCAAUUUCUUUUUUCUGCUAUGUUCUCUUCGAACAUAAAAGUGUAUAUCUGAGGAUCUACUGCACAUGGACGAUUGGCAUUGCGUGGCGUCUCAUUUGGUCUAGGGGGGUUUCACAGCAAGACAGACUGAACAAAUAUCAAUCCUAUAUACGGCAA